AUGGAAGAACCAACUCAACACCCCUCGUUCAACUCUCAAGGAACGCUCCCUUCUGCGGGCCUUUUCGUCCCUCCCAAUAUAAAUCGCCCACGGUUAUAUGUGGGAGAUUCUUAUUCCUACUAUUCGCCAUGCCCUGCCACAAUCACAACUCACAAACCGAGUUCGGAUGCUUUUAAAGCUGACGAGAUGACCAUAGAUGAUCCCGCACCAACUGAAAGCUAUCCGGAGAGCUAUUUUGUUUUGGGCGUUGACGAGGCAGGCCGUGGCCCUGUUUUGGGUCCUAUGGUAUACAGUGCUUUCUAUUUACCGCAUGACCUUCACCACUCCCUGCUUGCGCGUGAUUACAACUUCAAUGACAGCAAGGUUCUAACACCUGGUGUACGCGCCAACUUAAUGCGUUUGCUCUGCACCCCGGGGACUCCCCUGUUCGAGUCAUGUGGAUGGGCAACUAAACUUUUAUCUGCAAGAGAUAUUUCAUCAGGCAUGAUGCGCCCUGGCGCGGGGGUCUAUAACUUGAAUGCACAAGCCAUGGACGCUACCGUGGAACUCAUCCGAGAAAUUGUGGAGGGCCGCAAAGUUGACAUCAGAGAGGUGUAUAUUGACACAAUUGGAAACCCGGCCACCUAUCAGCAGAAGUUGGAGCGGAUCUUUCCGUCACUAAAAAUUACAGUGGCUAAAAAGGCGGACUCUUUGUACCCUUGUGUUAGUGCUGCGAGUGUUGCUGCUAAAGUGACCCGAGAUGUGGCCUUGGAACUCUGCCAUGAAGAUAUAGUGAAGGCCCAACAAUUUGAUGACCCUUCACAAGCAACUUCUACCGAGAGUUGGGGCAGCGGUUAUCCCUCCGAUUCGAAGUGCGUAGGCUGGCUCCGAAGGAACAUGGAUCCCAUAUUCGGGUGGGGUAAUGAAUGCCGAUUCAGCUGGGGCACUUCGAAAGAAAUGCUUGAGAUGAAGGGAGGGGUAAAGGUGGACUGGCCGCCUGAUGACGAAAACACACAACUUCGAGAUUUCCUUCUGACAUCUUCUGAAGCUCCUAAGGGAACUAAUCAAGAGUUGCGAGAUUGGUUUGGGCAGAAGACAACAGAGGUCCUUUAA